AUGUCUUCGACAUCAAAUCCGACAUCCAACGACGACGGAGCAAUCGUGGUCGAGAUGGACAAGUUCGGCCGCCAAAGCUCCAUCGAGAAAUCAGCUCCUCCACAUGCCCCAGAGCAACCUGACGCGGCGCGCUUCUCGCUCUCUGGCGCCGGUCACAUCUCCCUCGACGACGUCGAAGCAGUUGAUGUCCAGAUACGCGAUUUGGCUGUCACCGUCGACACCUCGCCUUCGUGGUGGGACCCUGCAACCUACCCCGAGCUGGCAAAGUCAAAAUUCAACCCUGAACCAAGCUCCAAAAAUCUGAUUUACCACGUUAAUGCUUCCCUGCAACCGGGCACACUGACAGCCAUCAUUGGCGGUAGCGGUUCCGGUAAGACAACGCUACUAAAUACGCUAUCGGAGCGCAUGAUCAGUGCGCGACUCGCCCAAAGUGGCCAUAUCACCUUCAACGGCAAUGAGGGCAUUCACAACGCGCGGCACGCCUAUGUCAUGCAGCAGGAUAUUCUCCUGCCCUCGCUGACUGUGCGCGAGACGCUGCAGUACUCCGCCGACCUGAGGUUGCCGCCUCCGACAACUGCUGAAGAGCGCGCUCGCAUCGUGGAGGAGGUCAUUCUGGAACUCGGUCUCAAGGAAUGUUCCAAUACAAGGAUAGGAGAUAGACAGCACCGGGGAUGCUCUGGAGGCGAGAAGCGGAGAGUCAGCAUUGGAGUUCAAUUGCUGGCCAACCCAUCGGUUCUCUUUCUCGAUGAACCGACAACUGGCUUAGAUGCGACGAGUGCCUUUCAAUUAAUGCGCACGCUAAAGAAGCUAGCCACCAAGGGGCGAACCAUUAUUACCACCAUUCACCAACCUCGGUCGGAAAUAUGGGAUCUCUUCGACAACCUCAUCAUUCUCACCAAGGGAAGUCCGGUUUUCUCGGGCCCUGCAAAGAACUGCGUGCCAUUCUUCGAGGGUCUGGGUUUCAAGCUGCCACCUUUUGUGAACCCGGCGGAAUUCGUCAUCGACAUCGCUGCCAUAGACAAUCGCACGCCCGAACUAGAGCAGGAGACAACGGAACGGGUCAAUCAACUGAAGCAAGCAUGGAUCCACGAAAGCAAAGCGACUUUUGCGCCAACAGACAAGGCGAUUGAGAGCACAUCGACCGGGGAAAGCCCGACCUCCAAGACCAACAAACACGCAUCGUACACCCGACAACUACGAGUCCUGACUAACAGAACAUUCAAAGUCACAUACCGUGACCCGAUGGGAAUGCUGGCAUCAACAACGGAAGCGAUUCUCAUGGCCCUCGUAACGGGUUACAUCUUCUACAACCUACCCAGAGAUCUCUCGGGUAUCCGCUCCCGCCAAGGCGCGCUCUAUACUGCGGCAGGCCUGCAGGGAUACCUGACUCUGAUGUUCGAGGUCUACCGACUUACGGUCGACAUCCCAACCUACGAUCGCGAGCACAGCGAAUCAUGCGUCGAUGCGAUCCCGUUCCUUUUCUCUCGCCGCUUGGCGCGGCUGUUCACUGAAGAUCUGCCCGUCCCGUUCCUGUUCUCCAUUAUCUUCUACUUCAUGGGCGGUUUUGAACGAGAUGCCAGCCAGUUCUUUAUCUUCUUCGCCAUCACGGUGCUGAAUCACUAUAUUGCCGUGACGUGCGCAAUUUCAUGUGUCACGGCGUCAAGAAACUUUCCUAGUGCGAGUCUGAUUGCCAACAUGGUAUUUACCCUGCAGAGCAUGGCUUGCGGCAUGUUCAUUCAAGCGAACUCGAUUCCAGUGUAUGUGCGCUGGCUCAAAUGGAUCACAUACUCGUUCUACACUUUUGGCGCCUAUUGUGGUAACGAGUUUGAGGGUUCGUUCUACGACUGCCCGGUUGAUGGCGGGGCCUUGAACCCAGCAUGCGUGCAGUACACUGGCCGAUUCAUUAUGGAGUCCCUCGGGUUUCCGCAGAAUUGGAUAUGGAGGCCCAUUGUCGUGCUUGUUGCGUUUAUCGUCUUCUUCUGCAUCUUAUCCGCCAUCGGACUCCAGUACAUUAAGCAAGAGAUGACUAUUGCUCGUGCUAGAGUCUCAGACACUGAUUUAUCAGCCGGCAAGGAGAAGAUGAAGACGCAUUCCAUCUCCGAGAUUCGCACUAUCGACGUAGGGCUGGAUGACUUUGCUCUAGCCUUGGACAAGAGGGCAGCUUCGGGCAAGACGCUACCAACCAAGACGAUCCUUAAUCCAGUGAGUACAACGUUCGAGGCAGGAAAACUCAACGUCAUCAUGGGUCCCUCGGGAAGUGGCAAGACGUCCCUUCUCAAUGCCAUGUCUUUGCGACUUCCCAGCAGCCUCAGCACGCGCUAUAGGCUGUCGGGAAAGCUCACCUUCAACAACGCACAACCGUCCAACUCGGUCAUUCGCUCGGUGUGUUCGUAUGUCUGCCAGGAUGACGACGCUCUCCUGCCGUCCCUUACGGUACGAGAGACGCUCCGGUUCUCUGCGGGGCUACGUCUUCCAGCCCACAUGAGCAGCGACGAGAAAUCCAAGCGUGCAGAGGAAGUCUUGCUGAAGAUGGGUCUCAAGGACUGCGCUGACAACCUCGUGGGCAACGAGCUCGUCAAGGGCAUCUCGGGGGGCGAAAAACGACGAGUCACCAUUGCCGUACAGCUACUCAGCGACCCGCUCGUGCUACUACUGGAUGAGCCGACGAGCGGGCUGGACGCCUUCACGGCUAGCUCCAUCAUGGAGGUCCUGCAAGGUCUCGCCAACGAAGGCCGGACGCUGAUCCUGACGAUUCAUCAGGCGCGAUCUGAUUUGUUCAAGCACUUUGGAAACGUCUUGCUGCUUGCCCGUGGAGGAUCGCCCGCGUAUGCCGGAUCGGCGACGGAGAUGCUGCCCUACUUUGAGCGCCAGGGAUUCACCUGUCCUGCUCACACUAACCCGGCCGACUUUGCGCUUGAUCUCGUCACGAUCAAUCUGCAACAGGAAACAAGAGAGGCCGAGAGCAGGGAAAAGGUCGAGGCUCUGAUUGGCGCAUGGCAGAGACAUGCAAAGAUGCCUGCAGUCAAGACGACGGGAGAGCUGCCCAGCAUCAACGAGAGCCAGGAGCAUGAAGCAAUCACUCGCUCAUCGACUGGGCCGGCCAACGUUGGAUACCCUCGAAAAGCCUUGGCUUUCAACAAGGUAAACCUCGCGACCCCAGCCGAGCUAGGCGCUCUCGUCCGCAAACGCGCCUCUUUCUUCGUCGCCUUCCCCCUCCUCGUCCACCGCGGCCUCAUCAACUUCCGUCGCCAACCGCCGCUCCUCCUCGCACGCAUCAUGCAGGUCGUGGGCCUAGGCAUCGUCCUCGCCCUCUUUUUCGCGCCGCUCAAGAACGACUACUACUCUGUGCAGAACCGCAUGGGCUUCGUGCAGGAGAUUGGCGCCUUUUACUUCGUGGGCAUGCUGCAAAACGUCGCCGUCUACCCCGCCGAGCGCGACGUGUUCUACCGUGAGGACGACGACGGGGUGUACAGCGUUGAGGCGUUCCUGGCGGCGUACUCUGUGCUCGAGUUCCCCUUUGAGAUUAUCAGCUGCCUCAUAUUUGGCGUGCUCGCGGAUUUGGCGGUGGGGUUCCCGCGAACGGUGACAAUGUAUUUCGUCUGCGUGUUUUCGUGCUUUGGCAUCGUUUCGUGCGGUGAGUCGGUGGGCAUCAUGUUCAACACGCUCUUCAACCACACGGGGUUCGCCGUGAACCUCACGUCGGUGAUCUUGUCUGUUGCCAACACGAUGGCGGGUGUUCUCUCCAUCGAUAUGCCGGAGCUGUUCAAGAUCUUCAACUACCUCUCGCCCAUCAGGUACGGGACGCGGGCUCUGGCGCCAUACAGCCUGAGGUCGGUCACGUUCACGUGCGAGGACGGGCAGAGGCUGCCGGAUGGACGUUGUCCGGUAGAGACGGGGGAGGACGUGCUGGAAUUGUACAAGUUCAACGUGGAUCCGAACGUCAACAUUGCGGCAUUGGCUGGCUCCGAUACAGGGGGCCGCAACGAAUGGAAGCUAUCCUGGAUUCAGCCAAAGAGCCGAGCAGAGCUCAAACUUCAGCUUUAUCGAAUAGCCGAGGAGAAGCUGCAAGGAAGGCGAUCCCACUGCCCGGUCAGCAACAUCCCGGCCGGGUGUUGCGAUAGCGGCGCCGAACGAAGGAUCGGAGGUUUCGAGGUGCUUUUGAUCGCCAUGUCGGAGAAGCUCCCCCUCGCGCACCCGGCGCCCGAGCUCACAGCUCCGGAACCACGCCGCCGCCGGACCGCGUGGUGGCCCCUCAUCCCCGCCGCCCUCCUUCUCGCCUACCUUCACAAGCCGUCUGCCUCGGCCAUCCCGUUCCUCGGCCACGGCCAUCACCGCGGCGCUUCUUCCGCCGCUAAUGCCUGCCGCCAGGUCGACCCUCUCUUCCCGACCCAGAACUCGUCUGGCCUCACCCAGCUGGAUUCAUACCUCGACAGUCCCAAGUUCCGCAACGAGACCGUCGCCCGCCUCUCGGGUGCCGUCCAGAUCCCCACAGAGUCCUUUGACAACUACGGCCCCGUCGGCGCCGACGACCGCUGGGACAAGCUUCUCCCCUUCUCCGCUUACCUCGCAAAGACCUUCCCCAAGGUCCACGACACCCUACGCCUCGAGCGCGUAAACACCCACGGCCUGCUCUACACAUGGAAGGGCUCCGAUGAGAGCCUCACGCCCACCGUCCUCAUGGCCCACCAGGACACCGUCCCCGUGGCGCCCACCACCAUCGACAGCUGGACGCACCCGCCCUGGAGCGGUGCCUACGACGGGACCUACGUCUGGGGCCGCGGCGCCAUGGACUGCAAGAACUCCCUCAUCGGCAUCCUCGAGUCUGUCGAGCUGCUGAUCGACGCCGGCUUCUCCCCCAAGCGCACCGUAGUCUUGUCCUUUGGCUUCGACGAGGAGGUCUCCGGCGAGCGCGGCGCGGGACAUCUCGCACCCUUCCUGCUAGAGCGCUACGGCAAGGAUGGCGCCGCCAUCAUCGUCGACGAAGGAUCCGGUUUCGACUCUCAGUGGGGCCAGACCUUUGCCAUUCCCGGCACGGCCGAGAAGGGCUACAUCGACGUCGAGGUCAUCGUCCGCACUCCCGGCGGCCACAGCUCCAUCCCGCCCGAGCACACCGGCAUCGGCAUCCUCUCCGAGCUCAUCACGCACAUCGAGGCGAACCUCUACGCCCCCGAGCUCAUCUCCGGAAACCCGUACCUCGAGAAGCUCCAGUGUGGCGCCUCGUACGCGCCAGAGUUCCCCGACAACCUGCGCCGACUUCUCCCCGCCGACACCAGCAAGCAGAUGUGCAAGAAGAAGACGGACCGCCUAGCAAAGGAGGCCGCCAAGGCCGGCCCGCAGGUCAAGUACCUCUUCACCACCUCCGUGGCGACUGACAUCAUCGAGGGCGGCGUCAAGAUCAACGCCCUUCCGGAGCGCGUCCGCGCCGUCGUCAACCACCGCGUCAACGUCGGCGACAAGACGUCCAGCGUGCAGGAGAAGCUCGCGGCCAUUGUGCGCCCCGUCGCGGAGAAGUACAACCUCACCCUCCACGCCUUCGACGACGAGGCCGAGACGCCGUCGAGCAUCACGCUCAAGGGCAAUGAUAAAGUUCUCGAGCCCGCGCCCGUGACACCGACGUCGGUGGAGGGCGUGACGCCGUAUGGAAUCCUGUCGGGCACCACGCGCGCCCUUUACGGCGAGGAGAUUGUUGUUUCGCCGGGUAUCAUGACGGGUAACACGGACACCCGGUACUACUGGGACCUGACGCAGCACAUUUUCCGCUUCCUUCCUGGAUAUGAUCCUGAGAGCGACGAGUGGGCUGGAGUUCAUACCGUUGAUGAGAAGACUAGCGUCAAGGGCCACGUUAACCUCGUCAAGUGGUACACCAUCUUUUUGAGAAACAUUGAUGAGGCCGACUUUGCUUGA